AUGGCCAGCAUGGGCGAUUCAAAACAAUUCAAACAAGACCUUGUCGUCUCCGUCCGUUACCGUAAUGACCUCCCUCCUCCACCUAUGCCGCCGAAGCUGCUCGACAUAGAUACUGGUGGUCUUGCCCAGUAUCUCACUACCGGCUAUGCAUCCUCACUUGCAAAGAGAGAGGAGCCAAACAUCGAAGUCGAUGCGGAGGGAGGAAUGUCUAUUGACAUGAUCGGUGUUCCUGGCUACUUCCUCGGUGAUGAAUCCGCUAUCAUGGCACCCGAUGUACUGCCUGUGGUCGAACCAGCCGAUCAAGCUCUGCUCCUCACUCUCGAACAACUCAAAAGUCAAGGCGCUAUGGACAAUGUUUCCUUUCUGCGCAAAACACAAUACAUGAACUCGGGUCAAUUGACUCGAGCCCCAGAUGCUCUCAUAAGACCUGGCAACCCCAAAAUGAGAAAGAUGAACGAUUCCAAACCCAUGCCUAUGCCGGUCGCCAAAGACGACAAGGAAAAUAUCAAGAGACAUAUUCAAAAAGGUUUUAAUAUUGCAUACCCCGAAAGCAUUCCUCACAACCCUCCCGAGGCAAAAGCAAACCCAAUCACCCAACAAGAGAGGGACGCAUGGAGAAAUCCUAUUCACCCAGAUAAUCCACGGCUGAAACCUGUAGGAUUCUACCCCAUCAUACCCGAUCUUGAAGCCGGAACCGAUCUCGGUGGUUCCUGGUAUCAACUAAAAUUUGAUAAACCCCCUCUAGCAACAUAUCGAGGAAGAAAAGACGAUCGCAUGGACGCCGCUCUAUUGGGUGGAACUGAGAAUCAGGAGAAACAGGCCGAGUGGCUGAUCAAAAAGAAGGCAUUUGACGAGCAACCAGACCUAUAUGAAGACCCCGGCCCAGAGCCAUAUACCUGGACACUCUUUGUUCCCAAACAGCACGACUCUGGCGCUCGAUAUCAUCAAAUAUUCGACGACUCGAAUCCCAACAAAGAUGACCCCACCCUGGUCAAUCGUUUACUUGAAGAAUCCGCGGACGGCACACUCAGACUGCCCUUUGAGAGGGCUCGAAUUUACCCCAAUAACAAACAACAACCAGUCGUUCAGGAUGAAGCUAUGGCCAUAUCUAUCGUCGAUCCAGAUAAACUACCUUCCCAUUCUCGUUUCCGCAAACAAGGUCCGGCAGCUUAUUAUUACCCAAUUGUCGAACGAAUACGAUUCAAAGCUGACAGAGGAAAUUUGGGCAAAGCACCCCCACAAUCCCAACCUCGUCAACUCGAUGAAGACGUCGCGGAUCAAGUCAUGGUUUCAUUCCGCGAAGCCAACGAUUCUGAGAAGUUCCGCCGUGCCCAGUUCUUGGGUCAGUUCGAUCCUUCAUUUGAGGUUAAGUAUGAAGAGUUGGCUCGUGCGAACGAGGCAUUUGAUGAAGCGGCAAGAUUAGAGGCCGAGGCACAAGAACAAGAUGAGCUGCAACAAAGCGCGCAGGAUGUCACGAUGGAAGAAGCCGAUGAGGAUGAGAAAGCGGACGCUGGCACGAACGGGAUCACAUCGAGGAACAGAGAUGAUGACGACGAUGAUAGUCCACCCCUUGACAGAGGAAGAGUCAAUGGGCAUGGACGUCCAGGAGCUGGUGUGGAUGACGACGACGAUGAUGAUGACGAUGAGAUGCAGGAUGAUUAG